AGGCGGGGCGCGCCGCAACGCACCGCAACGCGCCGCAACGGAGGGGCCGCGGAGCGGCGCGGGAGGAUGGAGGGUGGCGGCGAGCGGCUGCUCCCCAAGGGCUUCCCCAAGCUGAAGAACGACACGUUCCUGCGAGCGGCACGCGGGGAGGAGACGGAGCACACGCCGGUGUGGUGCAUGCGGCAGGCGGGACGCUAUCUGCCCGAGUUUCGGGAGACCCGGGCAGCGCAGGAUUUCUUUGCCACUUGCCGAAGCCCCAAACUGUGCUGUGAGCUGACACUGCAGCCCCUCCCUGACACCGCUUCUUCCCCUCCGCAGCCACUCAGGCGAUUCCCCCUGGAUGCUGCCAUCAUCUUCUCUGACAUCCUGGUGGUGCCCCAGGCACUGGGCAUGGAGGUUGUCAUGGUCCCCGGCAAAGGACCCACAUUCACGGAGCCUCUGAAGGAGGUGGAGGAUCUGCUGAAACUGCGCCAGAAGGUGGACGUGACGGCGGAGCUGGGUUACGUGUUCCAGGCCAUCACGCUGACACGCCACAGCCUGGAGGGCAGAGUGCCGCUCAUCGGCUUCUCCGGGGCGCCCUGGACGCUCAUGUCCUACAUGAUUGAAGGUGGCGGCUCCUCUACAAUGUCCAAGGCCAAGAGCUGGCUGUACCGGCACCCCGAGGCCAGUCACCGCCUGCUGCGGCUGCUGGCCGAUGUCAUCACUGACUACCUGGUGGGGCAGGUGGCUGCUGGAGCGCAGGCGCUCCAGCUGUUCGAGUCCCACGCGGGGCACCUGGGCCCGGAGCAGUUCCAGGAAUUUGCCCUGCCUUACAUCAGAGAGAUCGCCCAGGCUGUCAAGAGCAAACUGAAGGAGGAGGCACUGCCUCUGGUGCCCAUGAUCAUCUUUGCGAAGGACGCACACUACGCUCUGCGCGACCUGGCCCGGGCUGGCUACGAGGUGGUCGGUCUCGACUGGACCAUCCGGCCCCAGGAAGCUCGUGCACAGAUAGGAAAAGAUGUCACCCUGCAAGGGAACCUGGAUCCCUGCGCUCUCUAUGCUCCCAAGGAGAAGAUUGGCGAGCUGGUGAAGAAGAUGCUGGAAGGUUUCGGGACGCAACGCUACAUCGCCAACCUGGGCCACGGCCUCUACCCCGACAUGAACCCCGAGCACGUGGGUGCCUUCGUGGAGGCUGUGCACGCUCAUUCCCGCCACAUCAACAAGCACAGCUGAGCCUGGGGGUUUGGGGACAGGACUCUGGUUCGGGCACAGUCACCCCAAGCAGUGUGUUGGCACAGGGCUUGCUCCAGGCUGGGCUGCAGCAUUAAACCAGCACCUUGUCUGCA